ACACACACACACACACACACACACACAGAGUCACGCUCUGUGCCACACACAUGCUCUGCCACGCACACACACACACACACACACAUGCAUAUGUGCGCUCUGCUUUGUGAACCUGCUCAGACAGAAUAAAAGAUAGGAAAAGACCGACACAACAUCAUGGCCAUGUUUAAGUUUCCCACUGGGACAUUUCUGUUCAUCCUCAUCCUCAGUGCCGUCAUCAUGGACACAGAAACUGCACGAUGCUGCUUUUCCUACACUCGGAGGCCUGUACGCUGCGGGCGGCUGCAAGGCUACUACAUCCAGGAAAUCAACAGAAGCUGCGACAUCAGAGCUAUAAUUUUUCAGACCAAGGAUGGACGAUUCAUCUGUGCUGAUCCCACAAUGGAAUGGACUCAAGAGAGGAUCAUGUGCCUGUGGGAAAAGGCUGGAAUGGUGGAAUGAUGGAUGGCUGAAGUGAGGAUGACAUUUCGUCCGGGAAAAUAAUUCACAUAUUAAUGUUUAUCAUUAGCAUGUGAUUUUUGACGGCAUCCUACAGUAUAUUCCUUCUGUAAUGAAAUUCUAAGGUUUUUAGCUAAAACAUAUUUAACUUUGCCAAACUCUUUAAUACAUUAGUCACAAUGCCGUGCUGAUCGAGGUGCAGCAGUAUUUAGCCUCGCUUUAUCUCUGCAUAAAGUUAUUCGAAGUGUUGAUGUUGAUAUCAUUUCAACUGAAACAGCAAGUCAGGGCAGGACAUAUCGAAUAGCUCCUCCCCCUUUUUAAAUAGCCAAUUGCUCAACAAGUGCAACUCGGGCAAGGGGAUGUUUAUAAUGUUGGGGGACGGGACACUAGAGAUUCUACAGAGCGUUUGAUUGGACAGAAAAUCUGAUGAGAAGCUGAAGUGCAGAAUGAUGUCAUCAGAAUUGUUGAUCCGCAACGGUGGUAGAGAGAGACUGUACGUUUUGACUGCGUAUCGCUUCUAAACAUAAAUUUUCUCAUUGUUUUGGAGAAGCCGAGUUAGAGAGAACCUUAAGGCCGACAUAUUCAUACUAAAAUCUACAAAACUUCAAUUUUUGUAUUCAUGGGAUCGCUGAUGAACUAUUUCAUUCCAAACACAUUUUAUGUGCUCAGGUGUUUUUCAAUUAAAGGGCAUUUUGUACACUU